AUGCAACACGGCACGGAUGCAGAGAGGGCUCCGCUCGAACAUCAACGAGCUUGGCUUGCGGCAAAUCCCAAUGCUCAGAUUGCCGAACCUGGCACUGAGAAGGUGCAGCUGCUCCGGAACCAUCAUUUGGCGAUGCACGAUGAGCGCCGGGCUCCGCCAAAAGAGGGCGAGGUGGCGAUGCACCCCUCCGGGGAUGGCCGAUAUAUUGAGCUCAGCCACAAGGUCUUUUGGGGGUGGGCCCGUAAGCUCAAUGGCCCCGACCCUUCAGUCACGCUCAACAACCCCCCAGAUACCCCCCUGUUUGCCUGGAUCUCCCCAAGUACCCCGAAGAGGAAAGCUGCGCCAACUCUGAGCGCCGGAUCCCCGGCUUCCCGCACAUUCCAAGGAGGUGGAUCCACCUCGGGCACGCCCAACUUGUUGCCUGCCCAGGAUGUGAUCCGUGCGCCGGUCACCAAUCCCCCCGAGGCAAGUCCCUCAUCUGAGGCUUCAGUUCCCCUCAGACAACCCCGGGCUUGUACUUCAUCGCCAUUUACCCGCAUGUUUUGUUUGAUGAGUCAGGCCCGACAAGACGCAGAGGCACCCAACCAUGCGGACGUAGGAGGACUCAAAACCGGUUCCUCCACUGCCUCAUCUAUCGCCGCUUCGAUUGAGCACAUCCUCAUGGGGAAUGCACGUCGCACGCUCGCCGGACCCCGGAGAACUAUCACGCCUAUCAACUUGGCCCGCUUGGGCCGCCUGAACCUCGGCGCAGACUCCACCCCAGGUACCCCUGAUUUGACAAAUUCUUGGAUAAGCAAUUCAGUCCCCCCCCGCGAGGCCGCAGCAAACGCUAUGGCUUUCUUCUUACGGCACUGUCAGAUCCUGGCCAAGGAUUUCCACACCCGGUGGUUAAUCCAGGACCAAAACAUCACUUUGUGGUCCUACUUUUUACGCAGUUCGGAGGCCGACUUGACCCAACUUGGUUUCAAAGCCGGCCCCGCCCGACUCAUCUGCGAUGAUUGCAGCGGUGCCGCAAGCAACCCACCCACGGACAACUCUGACGAGGCACCGGGGUCCAACAUGGUCGAUGGUGAUGCCCCAUAG